AUGUCAAAUGGACUCUAUCUUUUCUCAAAGAUCGACCCUCCAGAGGUAGUCGCAUACUAUCUAGAGGAUAUGCACAAACAAGGAGUAGAUAUCUCAGAUUUCUCCUUAGACUGGCUGCCCGAAUUUCCUCCAGACUUCCAGAAAAGGACACGAGAACCAUCUAAGAAGACCAAGCAGGCAAAGAAAGCGAAGUUGGGAGAACCAUCUGGAUCAAGACCUCCAGUACCUCUGGUUGGAUCACCUGGUAAGUCUGUAUCUCUCCCUCCCUCUGUAAAAAUUGAACCUAUUGCUUCCUUACUCCCUCAACCUUCGCCCAGAUAUACAACCUCUGAUACUCCUCCCUCAACCUCUAGACCCUCUAACCUACCAUCCCAAAAAUUCAAUCUUGCCACCACAACUCUACCUAUUUCAGAAGCAGAAAUGCUAAACGAAACCACGUCACCCUCUUCAUCACCAUCUCCACAAUCCCCACCUUACUAUAACCUCUCAUCUGACACUAAACCCUCUGAUCCUCACUCCCCAACUCUGGCUCAGAUCCAAAACCGUGCUCUAGCCUCUCAACAACCAACACACUUUAAUCCUGAACCUGAAGUUACUUCUCCACCCCCAGAAAACCCAAACACAACCACCUCUGACCCCCCACCAUCAUAA